AUCAACGAAGUGGAUGCAGAUGGUAACGGGACGAUAGAUUUCCCUGAGUUCUUGAACCUUAUGGCACGCAAGAUGAAAGACACUGAUUCAGAGGAGGAGCUUAAGGAAGCCUUCAGGGUUUUUGACAAGGACCAGAACGGUUUCAUCUCCGCUGCUGAACUCCGCCAUGUGAUGACAAAUCUUGGGGAGAAGUUGACGGAUGAGGAAGUCGAUGAGAUGAUCCGAGAGGCUGAUGUCGAUGGUGAUGGUCAGAUUAACUACGAAGAGUUCGUCAAAGUCAUGAUGGCAAAGUGA